ACCGUGUUGCAUAGUCGUGACAUUGUCAUUCUUGAACUCUGAAAUUCUCUCAAAAUCAGAGUAGUUCUUCAGCUAUGGCAAUAGCGAAAGGGACCAAGGAUGACUGUGCGAUCCGAAAUGUGUCGAAUCCGUUGCAUUUUGUCCGCUCUCGCUCCUGUGGUGAUUUGUCGACAUUUGAUCCUGCCUUUGACGAUGUGAUGAGAAGAGGUCUCGAGAAGAACUCGUAUGCCAAGCGUUUCAAGCCCCUUAUUCGACAGCUGGCACUGCUCUCUUUUGCCCGCAACCUGCUCCUAUGUACAGCUGUUGCCGUCCAGUUUAGGGGACUGAUGGGAGUGCGAACUGGCGAUGAGCGUGAAAACCAGGAACCUGACAACCAGCUCCAGAAGAAGUCGGACGGACUUCUGUCUCCCUUGGCGUAUGUGCUUUUUGUUCAGGGAGCAACUCUUGCCUGCUCCCUCAUCGAUUUAUUCUACGCAUUCUUGCUGUGGAACGGUGUACGGAAGAUGCGCGGACCGUCGUUCCUGUCGGCAGCCAACCUGCGGGACAUCACGCGGAUUUCCAUCGGCUGCUAUGAAAGUGAUGUGCUGAAAAAGUACCUGGAGGAGCAUGUCGCCUACACCGUACAAACCACAGCCGGCCUGCUGCUUGUCGUGGGGAUUAUCCAGUUCCACUAUCCCAAGUUUUUCUGGUAUCUCUGGCUCUAUGUUGUCUACAUCUUCUGGAAUCACUCUACCUUGGAUACGGCGGGACAGGCAUUGUUAUUGGCUACCCUCCCGUGUAUCGGUUUAGCGGUGGUCAGCUUGAAUAUCGCUCGCAAAUGCCGUCCCUUGAUUCUGCAGUUUCGCCAAAUCAUCUGGAAGGAGAUGCUCGUCGAUGUUGCCUUUGAUGUGUGGGACGGCUCGAACCUGAUUGGAUGGUUAUACAGAAAUUGGCCUGUGAUUCGCUACCGAGUGCGCCACAUUGUGCGUGACCGUCGUUCAUUUUGGUCGGUUAUGUGGAUGUUGUCUUUGGUCUUCGGCGGCGACAAGAAAUCGUCGGUAAUAAUGACCAAAAACUAGCCUCAAGUGUCCCCGAUGUGCAACGAUUCUUUUCGAUCCGGUCGGUCCGCGCGUUACGACAGUUCUUCAAGCUGAUUUUACAGUAUAUUCGAUGUGCAAUUUCCUAAUAAUACAGUAAUUAUAAUUCUCUGUUGUGUACGUCAGGUGUGUUUCUCAUCGGGAAAAUCUGUCGAUACUCCGUCUGUGACA